UCUCUGUCAUUUCCCAGCCACUCUUUCCUCCAUACUAUUCUGUCCCCUCCCUGUGUCUGCUUGUGCUCUCCUCCUUCUUAUUCUAUCAUCCACCCUAUCUCCCUUUCCUCCCCUCCCCUCUUCUCAGCUACCCUCUCUCACACAUAGUUCUGGAACUGCUUGAGAGAUGACUGCUGGUGACUAGAGCCAAUCUGUGUGUGUCAGUGGGGUGGUCUCACCAAUGGUCCAGCAGAACAGGAUGGCCAGGACCCCGUCCAGCUCUACACAGGAAAUCCAGAUGGAUGUGUUAGAGGGGCACAGCCUGCAGGCUAAAUAUAAGAGAAAAAGUCGAUUCAAACGGUCGGAUGGGAGCACCAGCUCAGACACCACUUCAAACAGCUUUGUGCGGCAGGGUUCCGCAGAGUCAUACACCAGUCGCCCAUCAGAUUCAGAUGUGUCCCUUGAAGAAGAUAGAGAAGCCCUGAGAAAGGAAGCAGAACGACAUGCCCUUGCACAACUGGAGAAGGCUAAGACCAAGCCUGUGGCUUUUGCUGUCCGGACGAAUGUGGGAUACAUCCCGGCUGCUGGAGAUGAUGCGCCAGUACAGGGAAUGUCCAUCAACUUUGAGCCCAAAGACUUCCUUCACAUCAAGGAGAAAUAUAACAAUGACUGGUGGAUUGGACGAGCAGUUCGGGAAGGCUGUGAGGUGGGUUUCAUCCCAAGCCCCGUCAAGCUGGAACACAUGAGAAUGUUGCAGGAACAGAAGAUGCGACAGAGCCGGCUCAGUACCAGUAAAUCCAUUGGAAACUCCAGUAGUUUAGGUGAUGUAGUCAGUGGUACACGGAGACCAACUCCACCAGCUACAGCAAAACAGAGGCAGAAGUCGACCGAGCACAUCCCUCCAUAUGAUGUGGUUCCCUCAAUGAGGCCAAUCAUUCUAGUUGGGCCCUCGCUGAAAGGUUAUGAGGUCACAGACAUGAUGCAGAAAGCCUUGUUUGACUUCUUGAAGCAUCGCUUUGAUGGAAGAAUCUCCAUUACCCGGGUUACUGCUGACAUCUCUCUUGCCAAACGAUCUGUCCUGAACAACCCUAGCAAGCACAAUAUCAUGGAGAGGUCUAACACACGUUCCAGUUUAGCGGAGGUACAGAGUGAGAUCGAGCGUAUCUUUGAGUUGGCCCGAACCCUUCAACUGGUUGCUCUUGAUGCUGACACCAUUAACCACCCUGCUCAGCUUGCCAAAACGUCACUUGCACCCAUUAUUGUCUACAUUAAGAUCACUUCUCCUAAAGUAUUACAUAGGCUGAUAAAAUCAAGAGGAAAGUCACAAGCGAAGCAUUUAAACGUACAGAUGGUGGCAGCAGAUAAACUGGCACAGUGUCCUCCGGAAAUGUUUGACAUCAUUCUGGAUGAGAACCAAUUGGAGGAUGCCUGUGAGCACCUGGCAGAAUAUUUAGAGGCAUACUGGAAGGCCACUCACCCACCAAGCAUUAACCCACCCAACCCGCUAUUGAACCGUACCCUCGCCACUGCAGCACUAGCUUCCAGCCCAGCCCCUGUCUCCAAUCUACAGGGCCCAUACUUGGUUCAUGGGGAACUGAGAUCAGAAGUAACAGACCGGACAAGUGUGUAUGAAGGACAACUGCGCAGAGGCCAGCUGGGCUCCAGAGUCCUCUCUCGUCAUGACACUCUGGAGUCGGAGACACAGGGCAGCCGGGACUCAGCCUACACAGAGCCAGGAGACUCCUGCAUGGACAUAGAGACUGAUCCUUAUGAGGACCCAGAGCCCAAAAGCCACGGGGGUACUUUUCAAGGUGGGGAACAUGGUCAUCUUCAGCGUCAAGAAUCCUGGGAGGAGCUAGGUCCAGAUCAGGAGAACCUGCAACAAAGAAGAAGAAGGGAGUCCCCUAGACCACAGGGGAAAGGAAGAGAUCAGUAUUGGCAUGAAGGUGAAGGCCGGAACAGGGUGCAACUGGACAGUUGGGGGAGAGACGUGUGUAUUCGUUAAUAUCUAUACACUACAACACUUAAAAUAAGUGGUGAGGGUGUCUUACACCUCUGGCAUAAGUCACUGCCAUCUGUUGUAUACUGCCAUCCUCCAAACACGCACUGCUUUGACCAGCACAACUUUCCAAACACAAAAACAUUACACAUUUGUCAUUCCUUCAGGUUUCAGCAAUGUCUGCACACUACUUACAUUUUAUUGAAUAUCCUAUUGAUAUUUUUACUCCUCAGUCUCUCUUGCCAACAGCUAUUUGAUUUAACUAUCUGCACUUCAGGGCUCUAAUAGAAACACUUGAUAUAAAUUGCUGACUGUAUGAUGAACAAUGCCCGCUGACUGCAGCUCUGCACUGACACUGCCUUGGGUUACUCACUACCCCCUUAAUAACAGGUCCUAUAAAUUGACCUGCAAAGUAUGAUGAUGAAUCAUAUUUAUAAACAUGCAACCUCAGUGCUGUAAAAU